AUGGAGGCGAAUAUCAACAAGUUAGCCAGCAAGAUCAAAGCCAUCACUUCCACCAUGCACCAGAAAAUCCGCUACCUAAUCCCUAAAGGCGGUGUCAGCCAGAUCAACAGUGAUCAAGCAAUGGCAAGAAAAUGCUCAGCUCAAGGGCUGGAGGAAAGCAAUCAAGCACAGUUCGUCCCCAUUAAUCAAGGAGAUCUGAAAGGAGGAGAACAAGUAGAGGAGGAAGCAGAUCCCAUUCAUGACAGUCGAGCAAACCGGAAGGAAUAG